GGUUAGUCGAAGCCGCGUCUGGCUGUACCGCUAUCUGGGCAAAUAAAUAAAAGAUGCAGCGGAGAAUGGAUACAUAGCGGGUCCCACAGCCGCGACCGAAGUUCAGUGCGCCCACAGACACCUUCCGCGAUGGUCAACUACAGACGAGUGGUGUGCGAGGUGGCGUUGGUGGCCGUGCUGGUGGCGGUGGUGCGCGCUGCGCCUGCGCCCGACUGCGCCACGAAGCACUACGACCAGCGACAGAAUGGCACAGAGAACUACAGACUGAACAUCGACGGCGUGGUGAUUGCAGUGGCCCCGGCUGAGUCCUUGCUGUCCGCUCUCGGGGAUAUGGACGAUCUCUUAGACCUGGCUAUGGACGAGUACAACAAUGAGUACAAACCUAAGCCUCCACAGGGCUCGUCAUCAUCGUCGCCUGGCAUUCAAUUGGUCUCUCUGCCCGUGCCGGAGGAGAAGCCUCAGAAAAUCAAACCUCAGGAGGAGAAGCCUGCUGAAGCUGAAAAGCCUCAAGGAGCAAAGCCGGAGGAACCAGCAAAGCCCGCCGAGCCUCUAUCCUCGUUGAGUGAUGUUAGUUUGGACAGCGACUUGAAAAUCCAGAAGAAGGAUGCUUCGCUGAGGAAACAGGAGAAAGCACAAAGAUAAAUCGCGAAUAUUAUAGUAAACAGACUGAAACAUCGCCUGGCCAGCUUUCUGAUGCCACUUCUCAGAAAAACCCGCCACCAUUAACUAAAAAUUGUGAUCAAUUAACAAAUACUCAAUAGAUUUGGGAAAUUACACUCUAUGUCUAUGUCUGUAAGAAACAAUUUGUUUUACCAACGGUAUACUUUACAUAUCAGAACGUAAGCUAGCGUUGUUUGAAAGCUUCAUGUUUAACAUGACAUUAGUUUUUAGUAUAUACCGUUGGAGAAAUACUUUGAAUAGCCGUAGAGUGUGAACAGUUCUCAAAUCUUUAGUUUUCUUUAGUUAAUUUAUAAUUUUGUACUGAUAUCGAGAGAGAAGACACAGCCAUGGAAAGAUGCAUUUAUUUUAGUUUGUAAGUUAAUUUUAAUGUACUUAUAUGUAAAUUGUUUCGUUGAAAAUAAAUAAUAAUUCUUAUUGAAAAAUCCCUAAAA